UCAUGUUGGGACGCAGCCUGACGGGCCUGGGCUGGGAGCAGGAAGUGCCAGUUGAACAAACCGAGCUAACCAGCUAGUGUCAGUUCGGCGGCUUAGCUCGGCAUUGGACUCGGUAGUCGCCAUGGGACUGUUCGGCAGAACAUCGGACAAACCACCAAAAGACCUGAUCAAUGAAUGGUCUCAGAAGAUCAGGAAGGAAAUGAGAAUGAUUGACAGACAAAUUCGAGAUAUUCAAAGGGAACAAGAAAAAGUGAAAAGAUCCAUCAAAGAUGCUGCCAAAAAGGGCCAGAAGGAUGUGUGUGUGGUCCUCGCAAAGGAGAUGAUUCAGUCAAAACGAGCUGUCACCAAACUUUACGCUUCCAAAGCCCAUAUGAACUCUGUGCUACUCAGUAUGAAGAAUCAGCUCGCUGUCCUGCGUGUAGCCGGGGCCCUGCAGAAGAGCACAGAGGUCAUGAAAGCCAUGCAUAGCCUAGUCAAAGUCCCUGAGAUCCAGGCCACCAUGAGGGAUCUGUCAAAGGAGAUGAUGAAGGCUGGCAUCAUUGAGGAAAUGCUGGAAGACACAUUUGAGAGUAUGGAAGAUGGAGAGGACAUGGAGGAAGAAGCGGAGGAGGAAGUUGACAAGAUCCUCUUUGAGAUCACAGCAGGUGCCCUUGGCAAAGCACCGAGCAAAGUCGUCGAUGCCCUGCCUGAAAUGGAGCCUGCUGGAGCCACUGCAGCCUCAGACGAGGAAUCAGAGGAGGACAUUGAAGCAAUGCAGUCAAGAUUGGCUGCUUUGAGGAGCUAAGGUGAACAGCCAGGGUCGUAUUAAAGUCGGUGUGCUCACUCUACGAAGGACAGAGAAUUCUGGUGCAGGGUUUACAGCGCUGAGCAUCCUCUGUGCUUUGGUUUAUAACUAUUAUUAUUACACAUACUCAGUUGGGAUUAACUUUGUGCUAUGAAAGUUAAUAUCUGUUUUUUAUAGAACAUUUGGUCUGCUCAGCCAAAAAGAAAAGGUGUUUUUGCUUUUUGUUUUUUUACUAUCAGGGUUUAAACCCUUGGUAAGUCUUUACUAUCCAAAGUCAAACAGAAGGUUUAAGAAAGUGUAAAUAAUGUAAGUAUGAAAAGCCUGCUGUGCCUACAGUGCUUCAUCGUGUUUUUCUCCGUCCUGACUUAUGGACUGGUGGUGGAGGUACUUGGGUAUUUAUGAUCCAAACAAAUAAUUGAAUAGCUGUUGAUGGAAGCCACCCAUCACACUGAUCACAUCUUUGAUUCAUUUUCAGCCACGAUUAUAAUAUCUUAAAACGUCUUUUAAGCAGCAGCUGUUCUGUUUACCAGUGCUUAGCUUGUAUUAUCACAAACACUAAAGCGGAUGGGUGGAUUUCUCAUUUGAUUGUUUAUUUUCUGUACAGUCAAAAAGGUGUCUUUUCUACAUGUGGUCCUACAUGUGAUAAACACUUGUCAGAAAAAUGCACGCGUACGGCUCUAACCCCAUUCUUUGCAUUUACAUUCUGCUCGUUAAAUGUUUGGCUUUGUGUCAUGACUGAGUUCCUCCUCAGUGGGACAAUGCAAUGGAAAUGGAAAAGUUGGUUAUAGUGCAGAAGCCUGUGUAUCGUGGAAAUAUUAUGUGUCUAAUUUUUCUAUGUCAAGGGGGGGGGGAAUAAAAAUGAGGAAAUAAACUUUUAAGAACAAAAGUUGCCAGUAAGAACAAUUACAUAACAUCUGUUUCCUGUCUCAGUGUCGAUCACAGUAAUGUUCUUUAUAUUGAGCCUUUCAGCAUCACGGUAAACACUAAAUAUUUUGUCUAUUCUCAUCAGGAAUAAUCUUGUAGGAGAUUUUACCCUGUUGGCUUGCAUUGGCCCACCAUGAAGGUUAGAAACUGAAUUUCACGGACCGUCUAAUAACAAUCAAUCAAACUUUACAUAACACCUUUCAAAUUAUUAAUUAAAAUGCAAUUUAAAGUGAUUGACAGGUGAUUAACAAAACACAGUAUGUUAAAAGUGAAUUAAAAGACACUGAUUUUGAGACUAAUCCAAAAAUAAAAAUUAGGAAGUACCACACAAAAAGAAAAAUAAAGUUAAAUAUAGAAGGUUUACACUGCCAGACAGCUGCUGGGCAGAGUAAACUUGCCUUCCUCUGCUCUGAAAAUCACCUGUAUAAUAAAGAGUAAAAUGAUAGAGGGGACAUCUUUGUAUCAUCCUGUUGUUCAGUGACGAGAGCACUAAUCAAACGUGUUUGUUUUUUUAAGGAGCAUAAACGUGAAUCUUUUUGGCAGAGCAUCCUGGGCCACCCGUGUUUUGAAGCCAUUCCCUUGGCUUUAAAAUUGACAAAAGGGUUAGAUUUCCCUCCCUCGCCGCUUUUGUUGUUGUACUGUAACAAAACCGCGCUUCUGUUGCCGGGCUCCAGUAUGUAGGCCACAGGCUGGACACAGAAACGGUACUGUGACUCUAAAGGCUGCAGGUGUCCACAGGUUAGUGACAAGAGGUUGGGCCAAAUCUCAUUCCUGAACAUUUAGAUUCAGAUCUCUGUCGACACCCUCUACUUGGUUUCACAACGGACUCAACUAAGCUCUUAACUUUGAUUCAUCAUGUUAAUUUAGUGUAAACAUAUUAAGUGGUGUAAAGCUCAAAUGCGAUGUAUUUAUUCAAUGACACCAAGUGACAUGAACAUAUAAUAAACUUUCUGACUGUA